AGGGGCACGUGUCGCAAGUGGACGGUUUGCAAACACGGAAACGGGUGUGUCUCUCUCUUUCUCUCUCUCUCUCGUUCGUCUCAUUUCUUUCUUUUCUCGAUCUCUCUCGACGCCGAAGGCACCAAAUCGGAAGCGUCGACGAUGAUUCGGUGUUGUUGUUGCCGACAUCGUCUCCUCUAAGCCUCUCCUCAAUUCCGAUUCAGCUUCAUUAGAAACAAUCACUUCAUUUACUCCGCCGUAACGUCGCCGAUCCCAACCUGCUUUGCUCACCGUCUCCCCGGCGUUUAACAGCUCAUUACUGAUCUCGGAGAAAUGGAUUCGAGACCCAGUGGACCAGUGGUGUUGACGGUGGAUGAGAAGGCCGUUCUGAACGAAGGAAUUGGUUUGAUACUUUCGCGGUGGACAGCCAUGAGAGCCGCCGUCGAUAACGGCUGGGGCGGCCGAGAUUCUCAUCUGAAAGCUGAACUCACCGUAUCCAAUGUUCUCGAUUACUUCAUCCGUUUAAAAGAUCCAACGAUGGGCUUUGAUGGGUUAACUGAUAUUCUAGAGAAUGGUCUUAAUGAGCUUAACACUUUGGCUGAUGAUGGAAGCCUUGAGGAGGUGACAGAGACGUUGCUAGAUUUGUAUUAUGAAUGUCUCGAAGGUAACUACCAAAGGGUUGAGAAACUGAGGGUGACUAGUUCUCAGACUAGUGCAAAAGUUGUCAAGGUUUCAAACGGUAACGAUGAGGAUGAGGAUGAUGAGGAGAGCGAUGAUGAAGAUGAUGAUGAGGAUACAGAGAUGAGCAAUGUUCUUAUGUUUAAUGUUAUAUGUUUUAUUAUAAAAUCCUACCAAACAAUUAUCAUAAAAAACAAAAUUUAAUAUUUUGCUAAGAACCUACCAAAGCUUCUACCAAUAUUCUUUACUUUUA